AUGGAAGUGGAAUCCGAGACCUGGAAGCCCACCGAGCAACAAAUCCAAGAUGCCCAAGAUCUGGCGGACUUUGGUCACGGCCAGACUCUCGAGCGUAAAUUCAACCUAUGGAGUAUGCUAGCCCUAGCAUUCUGCGUUCUGGGAACAUGGUCAACCUUCGCACAAGACUUGUCUGAUGGCCUCAUCAAUGGCGGUCCAAUCUCCAUUCUCUGGGGCCUUGCCCUGGUGACAUUCUGCAAUACAUGCGUGGCAGUUUCUCUUGGAGAAAUCUGUAGCAGCAUGCCAACAGCACUGGGACAAGCCUACUGGAUCUUCCGCUUAUGGAGCAGCCCCCUGGGCCGCUUCGUCUCCUAUAUCUGCGCUUGGAUCAAUGUUUUUGGAUGGUGGACUCUUGCUGCCUCCCAAGUUGCAUUCAUGACCAACUUUAUCCUCGGGAUGAAAGUGAUGUUCGAUGAGAGCUGGACUGGCGCAUCCCAAGGGUGGCUUGAGUUUGUUGUCUAUAUUGGAUGCGUGUUCGUCCUUACAUUGAUCAAUGUCGUUGGCUGUCGCCGGGAUAACUUCCUCCCCUGGCUCAACAAUUUCGUGGGAGUGUGGUUCUUGGGACUCUUCUUGGUCUUCUGUCUAGCCCUUCUUAUUUCCGUGGCCAUCAAGCCAGGCCUGUCGUACCAGCCAGCCUCGUUUGUCUUUGCGAAAUGGAUCAACCAGACAGGGUGGUCGGAUGGGGUUGUGUGGUUUAUGGGACUGGUGCAAGCCGCUUAUGGCUUGACUGCAUUCGAUGCGGUGAUUCACAUGGUCGAGGAGAUCCCAGCCCCUCGAAAGAACGCCCCCAGAGUUAUCUACUUCGCCGUGCUCUCCGGUGCAAUCAGCGGCUUCAUCUUGAUGAUGGUGUGCCUUUUCUGUAUUCAGGAGGUGAAUACUGUCAUAAACGCGCCAAGUGGUCUGCCGUUCAUGACAUUAGUCCAAGAGACCGUUGGGCUGAACGGCGCCGCUGUGCUCAUCUCCCUAUUCAUCAUGAACGGUCUUGGUCAGAGCAUUAGUAUCGUAACCACUGCAUCUCGCCUCACCUGGGGAUUUGCCCGUGACGGCGGACUGCCAUGCAGUCAAUAUCUUUGCUAUGUUGAUCCCAUCUGGAAGGCCCCCGUUCGCGCCUUAUGGUUCCAAGGCGUUCUGAUCGCCCUAGUCGGCAUCCUAUUCCUCUUCGCCGAAACCGUCCUGACCGCUAUUCUAAGCGUGAGUACCAUUGCACUGACCAUUUCCUACGGUCUGCCCAUCCUGACCGUGCUCUGGGUCGGCCGUGAUCAACUUCCACCGGGGGGUCAGUUCCGGCUAGGGAAGAUGGGCGUUCCAGCGUACUGUGUCAGCCUGGUUUACUGCGUCAUCACGUCAAUUUUCUUCUUCUUCCCUACUGUCCCCAAUCCACCGGGCGGGGAAAUGAACUAUGCCAUCGCGGUCUUUGGCGUGAUGCUGGUCAUUGCGGUGGCUUUCUGGUUCAUUCAGGGGAACCGCACGUAUUUGAAAACAGAGGAGUCUUCCAUUGCGAUGGUCAUUCAGGCGCAAGAGCAAGCGAACAAUGAAAGCCCCGUUUCUGAACAGUGA